AUGCAGAAACCGCGACUAUUGUUUUGGCUCACUCCUAGGAGGGCUAUAGUUGGUUGUAUACUGAUUUUUACCCUCCAAAUCUCUUAUUUCUUACAUCGCAGUUAUUUGCAACCUAGGCAAGGUACUCGUCGGCAUGAUAUCGUCAACCAACUUGUCGACCUGACCAACUCUUACACCUCGAAAUCCGCAAACGCCAGUGUUGGGCUUGUCCUUGCGUCGAUUCACACCGAUGACUUGACGUGGCUUCUGGAUUACUGUACCGAAAGUGUACCAUUUGUUUAUACGACCGAGCGAUCUCCCGAGUUUGGCCUGCUAGUCCCUCCAACGAUCCGUGGCCGUGAGGCUUCAGCCUAUCUUUCCUAUGUUAUUGAUUUCUACGACCAUCUCCCGGAAUACUCUAUCUUCGUCCACGCAUUUCCGGAGCAAUGGCACAAUGACCUUUUCGGACCUUAUACGCUUAACACGUUGAAAAAUAUCCGAUUCGAGUCCAUCGAUGCCUAUGGAUAUGUGAAUCUUCGGUGCCAGCACAAUCCAGGUUGUCCAACGGGCGUAUACCCGCUCAGUCCGAGCCAGGUCGACAUUGAAAAUCACGACAUUCGCGCAUAUUUUUCAGACGCUUACCAGCAAAUUUUCAGCGUUACCGCAGACAAAGUCCCCGAUGCUAUAGGAAAUGUAUGCUGCGGGCAAUUUGCCGUUAGCAGGGACAGAAUUAGAGCACGGCCCAAGGAAGACUACGAACGGAUUCUAGAUUGGAUUGCGACGACUAGCCUGACAAACGAUUUUGGCGUUGGCUGGGUCAUGGAAAAGCUUUGGCACAUCAUCUUCGGCAUGGAUGCAGUAUAUUGCCCUCGGUUCGAGCAAUGUCGGUGCGAUGUUUACGGAUGGUGCGGGCCUCUGCCAUCAGGAGAGUCACUGCAAGCAGUCACCAAGACAGCUCCCCGAGAAGGCCCUCUUACAUAG